UAGCUGCGCUGCUGCCGAGAAGAUGCAGGAACUUCCUGGAGAGAAGACGGGAGGGGUUGUUCAUCGGGAUUGCCCCAGAAAUGGGAGCCUAGAGAUCAGAGGGCGGCUCUGCGGGCAUGGAUGUGUUUCAGAAGGUGGAGAAGAUAGGAGAGGGCACCUAUGGGGUGGUGUACAAGGCCAAGAACAAGGAGACCGGGCAGCUCGUGGCCCUCAAGAAGAUUAGGCUGGAUUUGGAGACCGAGGGGGUCCCAAGCACCGCCAUCAGGGAGAUCUCCCUGCUCAAAGAGCUUAAACAUCCCAACAUCGUCAGGCUGCUGGACGUGGUGCACAGCGAGAAGAAGCUUUACCUGGUGUUUGAGUUCCUCAGCCAGGACCUGAAGAAGUACAUGGACUCCACCCCAGCCUCUGAGCUCCCCCUGCAUUUAGUCAAGAGCUACCUCUUCCAGCUGCUGCAGGGGGUGAACUUCUGCCACUCACAUCGGGUCAUCCACCGAGACCUGAAGCCCCAGAAUCUGCUCAUCAGUGAGUUGGGGGCCAUCAAGCUGGCUGACUUUGGACUGGCUCGGGCCUUCGGGGUGCCCCUGCGCACCUACACCCAUGAGGUGGUGACACUCUGGUAUCGUGCCCCCGAGAUCCUCUUGGGAAGCAGAUUCUACUCGACAGCUGUGGAUGUCUGGAGCAUUGGUUGCAUCUUCGCAGAGAUGGUGACCCGCAAAGCCCUGUUUCCUGGCGACUCUGAGAUUGACCAACUCUUUCGUAUCUUUCGGACCCUGGGGACACCCAGUGAAGCCAUGUGGCCAGGAGUCACCCAGCUGCCUGACUAUAAGGGCAGUUUCCCCAAGUGGACCAGGAAGGGGCUGGAGGAGAUCGUGCCCCACCUGGAGCCAGAGGGCAAGGACCUGCUCAUGCAACUCCUGCAGUAUGACCCCAGCCGGCGCAUCUCAGCCAAGGCCGCCCUUGCGCAUCCGUACUUCUCGUCCACCGAGACCUCCCCGGCCCCGCGCCAGUGUGUGUUGGAGGGUUUCUGCCGCUGAGAAGGUGUGAGGCCUCAAAGCCUCUCUCCAGCUGCUGCCCCCCUGCCUCCCCACUCACUUCCCAAGAAAGAGGACACAUCUGGGGAGAGAGCAAUUUGGCAUCAGCCGUCAGAGGGCUGAGUUUGGGUUUGUCCUGCCAGCAGGUUAGCGAGUUCCUGUGUUGUUUGUUGGGUUUGCUGGUGCCGUUUCAAGAUGGGGGCACAGAAGCCCCAUGCCCGAGGGGGUCCGUUAGAGGCUGGGUCCCCUGGCACCAGAAUGGCAGGUGCCGAGGAGAGUAGGAAGCCUGCCCGGGCCGCCAGCAAGGCCCUCCUAGCGCCCUUCAGCUGCCUGGCCCUCAGUUGCAGAGCCAGACCCCGGGGGAAAGGGUUUCUCCCGGCUGGUCUUCUGGAUUUAAAAUGUUUUGGGGGAAGAGUUGAGUUCCAGUUAAGAGUCCCAAGUUAAACAGGAAGCGGGGUGAGGGAGAGAGGACAUUUUCCUGAUCCUGGGGCAGGCCGGGUGUUCUAAGUAGUUGUCUCGUCAUCUAGGAUAUGCUUAACGUUUGUUUGCUUCUGGCUUUAAGAACAGAAAAUAAAACUGAUGCAUUCCUGAG